AUGGCCAUCCCCAACGACAUGGAGGAGAUUCAUGCCCUCCGUCACUUCAACCGGUACUACACUCAGCGCAUUUCUGUGCUGAGUCCACUGCACGAUGCAGACCUCACGCUCGCCGAUAACCGGGUGCUGUACGAGCUCGCAAACCCUCCCGGCGAGAGUACGGCUUCCGCAAUCGGCAAGCGCCUCGACAUGGACGCAGGCUAUCUCUCCCGGGUCCUACGCAAGCUCGAGAGCAAAGGGUACGCUCGCCGAGAGCAGAGUCCGAGGGAUGGACGCACUACCCUCCUCUCCCUCACGGAUGAGGGGUGGACGGAGUAUCGCGCGCUUCAGGAACGCACCAACGCCGAGAUUGGAAACAUGCUGGCCCCCCUGUGCGCCGAGAGGAGGGAGCAACUCAUGCAGGCCAUGAAGACUAUCGAGAGUAUUCUUGACCCUGUCACGGCUCCUGUACCUGCCACUGCAUCGGCACCAACGUCGCCUCCCGCCAAGCGAGCCAAGCUGAGCGGUACGAAUGGCACCGAACCCAAGCCCGAGGUCGAGCUCCGCGACCUGCGCACCGGCGCCGGCGACCUGGGCUGGAUUCUCUCGGCUCACUCAGAGCUGUACUGGAAGGAGAAGGGGUGGAACGAGGAGUUUGAGCGGAUUGUAGCGAAGAUCGUUGCCGACUUCCGGCCCUCGGACCGUGAGCGAGCCUGGAUCGCGACCGUCAAUGGUGAGCGCGCGGGAUGCAUCUUCCUCGUCGCCUCCCCUGGAGACAGGAACUUCGCCAAGAUCCGCGUCCUCCUCGUCACCCCUCAGGCAAGGGGAUGCGGACUCGCCAGCCGCCUGGUGGAUGCUUGCGUGAGCUUUGCAAGGGAGAGGGGAUACGCCGGCAUCGAGCUCGAGACGGAGGCAGGACUGGGACCGGCAAGGAGGCUGUACGGCUCGAGAGGUUUCAACAAGGUCGGAGAGGAGAGGAGCGUGGCUCCGAAUGCGUUUGGAGUGGACGAGUUCGUAUCUGAGAAGUGGGAGCUGGUAUUCUAA